GAGGAGCCAGACGGGGACGUUUUGUCCACCAUCUUGGUCGAAGCGGUUGGCGACUGCAUUCUGCCGCGCCUCACCGUCGACAAGAAGGCGGACCCCGUCCAGCAGGACAUCCCACUGGACGACCCGGACGGCGACGGCGUCCCCGGGAUGUGUCCGGUGUUCAAGUUCGUGCAUUCGACCGCCGCACCCCUGAUGGAGGACGGGCAGCCCGCCAAGGGCCGCGCCGGCGGCGCCACACUCGCCGGCGCCCCUGGGAGUGCGCAGGUUGCGGGCGUGUUCGCCAACACCGUGCGGAGGGUGAACUUGAGCAACAGGAACGCGUGCAGCGUCACGUGCAAGUUCCGUAUUGAGGGGCCGUUCCGCAUACGGCAGGUGGACCAGUCUGGGCAGCAUCCGGUGAAGCCCCGGAAGGACGGCACGAAGCGCGAGGCCGCCAAGUCAUCGGUCGAUCCCGACACGCUGUUCGUCGUCCCGAAGGCCGAGCAGGCGACGCUGCUUGUCGAGUUUCUUCCAGAGAUGGUCAAGCAGGCCGACGUCCUGAACCGCGAACAGGUUGCCCGCGGAGACCUGCUGAUCGAGUAUCCGCGGGACCAGACGGCGGCGUCGAUCAUGAGCGAGGCGAGCUGUUCGAGCCAGAGGCCGCGAUGACUUCUCUCUCAGUAUUUCCUCGUCGCCUUUGAACAGCAGCAGUAGCGACAUUCAAAGUGCUGAAUCGCACGCAGUUUCUCUGGCUGUACUGGUUGAUUUUUCGCCUGAUUUGGACUGAUAUCGUUGGGGGUGCAAUCAUGGCAGGGCUAACGAAGCGCGACGUUGAUUACAGAUGCUAUCCCCGAUGCUGGGUGCGGUCUUCCAGUAGCAAACAGAUGUUGAGGAUAUGGACUGUUAUCGCUCGGACGUGUGAAUUUCCU